ACAAUCAGAAGGCAGGAGCUGCAGAACAGAACACUUUCUCAUGUCCAGGGUCAGAUUACAAGAGCACUCAAGACUUUACUGAUGAAAAUUCAGGAAAUUCUCUAUCACAAAGAGGUUUGGCAACUAAACUAAGACAUUAAAAAGAAAAUACCAGAUGCCACUCUGCAGGCUGCAAUAACUACUACUUACUGGAUACAUUCAAACCCUCCAGAAUCAACACAGUUAUCAGGUAACCAACAAGAAAUGCAAGCCAUCGACAACCUCACCUCUGCGCCUGGGAACACCAGUCUGUGCACCAGAGACUACAAAAUCACCCAGGUUCUCUUCCCGCUGCUCUACACUGUCCUGUUUUUUGUUGGACUUAUCACAAAUGGCCUGGCGAUGAGGAUUUUCUUUCAAAUCCGGAGUAAAUCAAACUUUAUUAUUUUUCUUAAGAACACAGUCAUUUCUGAUCUUCUCAUGAUUCUGACUUUUCCAUUCAAAAUUCUUAGUGAUGCCAAACUGGGAACAGGACCACUGAGAACUUUUGUGUGUCAAGUUACCUCUGUCAUAUUUUAUUUCACAAUGUAUAUCAGUAUUUCAUUCCUGGGACUGAUAACUAUCGAUCGCUACCAGAAGACAACCAGGCCAUUUAAAACAUCCAACCUCAAAAAUCUCUUGGGGGCUAAGAUUCUCUCUGUUGUCAUCUGGGCAUUCAUGUUCUUACUCUCUUUGCCUAACAUGAUUCUGACCAACAGGCAGCCGAGAGACAAGAAUGUGAAGAAAUGCUCUUUCCUUAAAUCAGAGUUCGGUCUAGUCUGGCAUGAAAUAGUAAAUUACAUCUGUCAAGUCAUUUUCUGGAUUAAUUUCUUAAUUGUUAUUGUAUGUUAUACACUCAUUACAAAAGAACUGUACCGGUCAUAUGUAAGAACGAGGGGUGUAGGUAAAGUCCCCAGGAAAAAGGUGAACGUCAAAGUUUUCAUUAUCAUUGCUGUAUUCUUUAUUUGUUUUGUUCCUUUCCAUUUUGCCCGAAUUCCUUACACCCUGAGCCAAACCCGGGAUGUCUUUGACUGCACCGCUGAAAAUACUCUGUUCUAUGUGAAAGAGAGCACUCUGUGGUUAACUUCCUUAAAUGCAUGCCUGGAUCCGUUCAUCUAUUUUUUCCUUUGCAAGUCCUUCAGAAAUUCCUUGAUAAGUAUGCUGAAGUGCCCCAAUUCUGCAACAUCUCUGUCCCAGGACAAUAGGAAAAAAGAACAGGAUGGUGGUGACCCAAAUGAAGAGACUCCAAUGUAAACAAAUUAACUGAGGAAAUAUUUCAAUCUCUUUGUGUUCAGAACUCGUUAAAGCAAAGCGCUAAGUAAAAAUAUUAACUGACGGAGAAGCAACUAAGUUAAUAAUAAUGACUCUUAAAACAAGUAAUAGAAGAUUACAAAAGCAAUUUUCAUUUACCUUUCCAGUAUGAAAAGCUAUCUUAAAAUACAGAAAACUAAUCUAACCUGUAGCUGUAUAGUAGCAAAACGACAUCCAAUUGUCAUGCUGCAUGCAAAACUACACAGAAUUCAUGUUUUGCAGAGUUUUGCCAAAAUGAAUAACCAUAUAAUAUUUACUGUAAUUUUUAAAAUACAUUAUUGCUCACAAUUUUAUUUUUUCAUAAUCAACUAAGGAAGAAUGAUCAAUUGGAUAUAAUCUUCUUACCAAAAAUGAUAGUUAAAAUGUAUAUAUAUCCUAGUCCCCUAACCAAAUCCUGACCUAUUUGGAUACUUAUAAAAAUUUAAGUAAGUGGGAUACACAAAGAAUAAUAACUAUUAACUUCUAAUUAUUAGCAAAAACCUAAGGGAUUUAAACUAAUUGAAACUGUAUUUGAUUGGACUUAAUUUUUUUAUGUUUAUUUAGAAGAUAAAGAUUUAAAGAAGACCUUUACAAUAAAGAGAAGAAAUAUCAAAGUCAUUAAAAUAAGGAGUUACUUUUAUGACAUUCUAAUACUAAAAAAUACAGAAAUAUUUCCUUAAUUCUGGAGAAACUAGUUUUACUAAUUUUUUACAACUUCAGUAAUACCAUCAUUGACACUUACCUUUAUUAAUUAGCUUCUAGAAAAUAGCUGCUAAUUAGGUUAAUGAACAUUUUACCUUAGUGAAAAAAAUUAAUUAAAUAUGAUUACAAAGUUGCACAGCAUAACUACUGAGAGGAAAGUGAUUGAUCUGUUUGUAAUUACUUGUUUGUGUUGGUGUGUAUAAAAUACAAAAUUUACAUUAAACUCUAAAUCAUUCUUUGUUGUAAAUUCUUUGUUCAAAGAUAUUAGAUACCAUGACUCACCAUACCAUAUACAACUACAUCAAAUCCAUUUAAGAAAGAAUUAAUGCCAACACUUUUAUUACGUUAUUGUGCAAAGUCUCUUCUGAAGAUGACAUCUCAUUUCAAUAAGUUUAAAUGUAAAUGAUAAAACAGGUCAGACUUAUAACAUGCAUUCUAAUUCUACACAAGGCAUAUUCGCUAUUUUAACAUAAACAAAACAUAUAACACAUGUGGAAGUUUACAUCACUUAUCUCAAUUUUUUAUGAUCCUCAGAGGUGACUCUCAAACAGAAGGAGGAACAGACAUCAAUACCUAAAUAUAAUGCCAGAAGAAAUA